UGGAGUCCGGAUGAUCGCCGGCUGCGGGGGACGAUUUGACCGUGGCAGACGAUCGAUCGAACUUGGAUUACAUGGCCAGGCUGCGAGGAUUCACGCCUUAUUCACUUCCACACUUUCACGCGAAGCUCUAUCUAGACCUUUAAUGAUAUACUAUUCGUCCUGAUGAUGCUCAUACUGGCCUGAGAACCGGUUUCAACCCUUAGCAUCAAAGGUACUAGCUUCCGCCCCGACACCCCUCCACAAGCAACAACCACUCGCAAUCCAUCCUAGAAGACGACAACAUGAAUCGUCUGUUCGGCACCAAGCCAACAGGCCCAAAGCCUACACUCAACGGUGCCAUCCAGAAUGUCGACACACGGAUCGAGUCGAUCGACGUCAAACUGGCCCAACUCAACGCCGAGCUCACGACGUACCAGCAAAAGAUGAGCAAGAUGCGCGACGGACCCGGCAAACAAGCGAUCAAACAGAAAGCGCUAAAAGUGCUCCAACGGCGCAAGAUGUACGAAUCGCAACGCGACCAGCUGCAACAGCAAUCGUGGAACAUGGAACAGGCCGGGAUGAUGCAGGACAAUCUCAAGAACGUGAUGACGACGGUGGACGCGAUGAAGACGACCAACAAGGCACUCAAACAACAGUAUGGCAAGAUCAACAUUGACAAGAUCGAGAAGAUGCAGGAUGAAAUGGCGGAUUUGAUGGAGAUUGGCAACGAGAUCAACGAGAGUAUUAGUCGUGCCUACGACGUGCCGGAAGAUGUGGAUGAGGCGGAACUCGAUGCUGAACUUGAGGCUUUGGGUGAGGAUAUGAUGUUUGAACAGGAGAUGGGGUUGGGAGAGAGCACGCCGGCCUUUUUGCAGGAUGAAGUGGCGCCACCGCAGUUUGUGGAUGAGCCGCCUGAGACGGCGAAAGUUAAGGAGGCGGCUGGUGGUGUUGGUUAAGCAGGUACGGACAAUCCUACGGAGUGUUCGGUUAUGGAAUAGGUUUUUUAUUGUUCUUUUCUUUGGAUGUGAGCGUUCGAUUGCCAGUAAUUCUGGUGGUUAUUUAUAUAUAUACCUCAACGUAUGACUUUCAAAGGGGCCUUUGCUUCCUCCCCCUGUUGGUCGAUAUUCGGAGCGUGCCGACAGUCUGCUUGUGGCAUUUUAGCCUCAAAUCAAGCAUACCAUUCUAUCACUCUGCGUGAGUUUUGCAACCCCGACACGGCUUUCACUUCACGUCGUUUUCUUCAGAUCCUGCAACCACGCCUUGACGGCUUUCGGCCCUUCAUGCGCCGCCUUGAAUAGUCUCCGCUCUGUUUCAUCCAGGCCCCGAAGGAAUUCAGCACCGUCACCCAACGCACCGCGAGGAUUGUGCGCUUGAUCCGCGAUCUCUGCCGCGCGAGUCUUGAAAGUCUGGCCGCGUCUUAUAUCAGUCUCGUUCCGUGAUACGGAUCGCACCAAAGCCCGCUUCCAAGGAAUUGAAUCGUCACCACUCACAUCCAAUAGCGUAUCCAACACAGUUCGAUCGUCAAAUAAUUCCAUAAUGCGCGCUCCGAGAG